AUGCAACUUGAUUCGGAUACUGGUUACAGUUGUGACGAAGGUUUACGUAACAGGUCCAAAUGGCGCCGAGAAGAGCACGGGCGUUUUAUGCAGGCGCUAGAGCUGUAUGGUGCAAGGCAAACAGGAGACGAGUGGAAGCACAUUACGGAAUUUGUGGGGUCGCGUACCAUGAUGGAAGUGCGUCUACAUGGACGACAAUAUCUCCAGCGCCUUGUUCAACAACUGCCGCUCACCCCCAUGGUCACGCCUCCAAAUGGCUACUUUCCCAGGGCAGACAGUCAGAAUGACCCGAACAGACUGAACUAUCAGGUGCAUUGGGGCGUGGAUCGGCAGAAAAUACGAAGUGACAAAGUUCACUUCCGCAGUCAGUCGCUUCAUCCUUUAGAGCAACAAAACCAUUCAGUGAUCACGGCGAUACAUGGGAACGGACGAAGGCCUAAAGCCUGGACAUUUCAAGAAGAAAAAGCUUUUGAAACAGCACUUGCAGGUUGUGCUGGAAGCAAAUCGUACCCUUGGGCUAACAUUGCGGCAAUUAUACCAGGCAGGACGGCUAAAGACGUGCGUAGCCGUUAUGAUGAGAUGGUGGAAGAAGUUGCAUCUAUUGAGGCUUACGAGACACCAGUUACUGAUAGCUCGACUUCAAGUCGUAUACAACGUGACUCUGUGGUUGUGCGACAGCAGGGACGUAGCUCGUUGAGCCGACGCGCAAUUCCACCACCGCCCAUUGAGGUUCCACCGAUUAGAGGUGGUAAAGACGGAGCAGUGGGUAUUUUCUCAUCAGGCACUAGCACACGAAGCAGCAGAGGGUUUUCAAGCGGGAUUGCUAUGCUUAGUCCAACAUUUCUUGACAUGUUAGCUAACGAAGCAGACAGCGAAGAAAAGUCGCCGCUGCCAGCAUUAUCACCACCGUUCUCAGGACUAACCAACUUGCCAUCCCCGUUGUUUUCGCCAACACUACUGUCAGCAGGGUUACGUGGUAAAACACUCAUGAACGCGGAUAGCUGUGGUGACGUCGUUAAGAUGAAAGACAUGAACACAGGAGCAGCAACUGCGUCGAGUGGAAGUAAAGACCCGCGGCAUUCUACAACACCGCGAAUACUGAACGACUUUUUCGCCGGUGAUUUCAGGUUCGACGACCCAUUUGGCACAACACCGAUUCAGAGGAGAAAGUCACCGCGUUUAAGGAAGUUGGCAACUGUUAAGCAGGAAUCCUCGACCAUCAAGAUUGAAAAUGGGGCAGGCAAGCUAGACGUCAAAAUGACUGACGCCUCAGCUGCUUGA